AUGGACAAGGCCAAGAUUGCAGAGGAGUAUCAAGAAUGGAAAAAGACUGUGCCAAUGUUGUAUGAAACUGUAGUGACACGGACAUUAGCCUGGCCAACAUUGACCUGUCAGUGGUUACCUGGUCAAACAAUAAAGGAUGGUGCUUCCUAUCAAGAAUUGAUGAUUGGCACAAAUACAAGUGACCAAGAACCAAAUGCGCUCUUGUUCCAGACUGUGACAUUACCACAGAACAACCAAUCCACAGAUAGAACAAUAGUAAAGGCAUCAAUUACUCCAAAGCAAUCUAUUGGACAUGAAAAUGAAGUCAAUCGAGCUCGCUGUCAACCAAACCACCCUUCAAUUAUUGCCACCAUGACAAGGGAUGGUGAUGUUCUUGUAUUUGAUAGACAGCUGUCGUUAUCAGCAGCUAGCACAACAAAUCUAGAAUCAGAGCCAAUAUUGAGAUUAAAAGGGCAUUCAGGUGAAGGAUAUGGUCUGCAGUGGAAUCCACACUCAGUCAAGGAAAAUCACCUGCUGAGUGCUGGUUAUGAUAAAGUAGUGUGCCAUUGGGAUAUUGGACAGACACCAGACGGUAAAGAAUUAAGACCUUAUCAGACAUACGUUGGUCAUACUGAUUGUGUAGAGGAUGUCAGCUGGAGUACGUCAAACGUGUCUUUGUUUGCAUCUGUUGGUGAUGACAGAAAAUUGAUGAUGCAAGCUGUUCAGUGCAUUCAGGCUCAUGAGGCUGAAAUUAAUUCGGUUAGAUUCCACCCCACAAGGGAAACAAUGUUGGCCACUGGCUCAGCCGACAAGACUAUUGGCUUGUUUGACAUUCGCAAACUAAGCGACAAAUUGCACUCGAUCGAACACUCUAGUGCUGUUGGUCAGGUUGAGUGGAGUCCUUUAGAUGAUCCGAUUAUUGGAUCUGCAGCCGGCCGUCAGAUCAACAUUUGGGAUUUGAGACGUAUUGGGGAGGAGCAGACGGCUGAAGAUGCAGAAGAUGGACCUGCCGAGUUAAUGGCAAGUACAAAAAAGCAAAUAAUAAACAAAGAGAGAGAUUUGUUUGUUCAUAAUGGACAUACUGAUAUUGUGACAGAAUUUGGAUGGCAUCCUACUGAACAGUGGUUGAUUGCUAGUGCAGCACAAGAUAAUAACAUUCAAGUCUGGCAAAUGGUAGGCUGA